AGUCUUCCUCGCAUGACUAACUUUAGCCCUACUCAGUCCGGUUGAAGACCUGUGUUCCCGGGCCUUGUUGAACCGCUUCCCCCGUUAGUCCUGCUCUCUCCGUUCCGUACUUCAUCACAUACAACCGGAGUGAACCGCCAGAGCCCGGAAGUGAGGAGAAACCUUCUGUUUCACCUCAGACUCACCUCCGUUAGCGUAGCGUGCUAACGUUAGCGGGAAAUAGACGGAGCCGGAGCUCGGCCACACAGCGCUAGUGGGAGAGACGAGUAGAGAGCAAAGUGUGUUUCUCAUGGAGCCACAGUGUCCAGAUAAAGCUGUCUGAAUGGACUCUGUGCUGCUCCCUUUAUCUGAAAACGUCACAAUGAUCUCCUGGUUCCUACGAAGCUAAUGAAGUUAGCUUGCUAGCUGGAAGUAGACGCAGACGGACCUCGGCCACACAGCGCCGCAUUUCAGAGACAGCAACGUUUUAACGGAGUGUGUCUGCAGCAAAGGUUCUGACAUUCAGUCAAAAUGUGUAAAGUCCAAAUGCUGAGAGCGUUGGUGAAGCAGCGACUAACUGCGGCUGCUGAAGAGAUAUUUGUGCUGUUUGAAAGAACGAUAGCAGAGUACGAGGAGGAACUGUGUCGUUCAAAAGAGGAGAACGAGCGACAACGGAAACUACUGGACGCUGUUCUCAAGCCUCAGCUUCGGUUACACAGAGCAGACGUGCAGCAGCUGCUGCUGGUUAGAGAAGAGGUUCCCCCUGAGCAGCAGGAGUGGAGCUCCAGUCUGGACCAGGAGGAUCCAGAGCCCCCCCCACACAUUAAAGAGGAACAGGAGGAACUCUGGAUCAGUCAGGAGGUAGAGCAGCUUCAAGGGCUGGAGGAGGCUGAUAUCACCAAGUUCACAUUCACUCCUGUCCCUGUGAAGAGUGAAGAUGAUGAAGAGAAACCUCAGUCCUCAGAGCUUCAAAGACAAACUGAACACAUGGAAACAGGAGCUGGUGGAGGGCACUGUGGAGGACCAGAACCAGCCAGGAACUCAGAUCCAGAGACACAUUUACAGCCAGAUACUGAGGACAAGACUGGAGACUCUUCUGACACUGAUGACAGUGAGGAUUGGAAGGAGACCAGAGAACCUCUGUCAGGUUUAAGCUCUCUGGGAAAUGAAGAAGUCCCCAUCAGUAGUGCUGGAGAGAAACCCUUCAGCUGCUCUGAGUGUGGGAAAAGAUUUGGCAACAAGAGAAAUCUGAACAGACACAUUUUAACUCACACAGGAGAGAAACCUUUCAGCUGCUCAGUGUGUAAGAAAUCUUUUACACAGAGUGGAAGUUUACAGAUACACAUGAGAAUCCACACAGGAGAGAAACCAUUCAGCUGCAGUAUUUGUAACAAAAGAUUUGCCGGGCGUCGACAGGUCAUAAAACAUAAAUGUGAUUUUCCUCAGUCCUCACAGCUUCAUCAAACUCAAACUGAGGAGAACAGAGAGGCAGGGCCUCCAGCCAGCAGCUCAACUGAACACAUGGAAACAGGAGCUAAUGGAGAGGACUGUGGAGGACCAGAACCAGCUGGGAACUCAGAUCCAGAGAGACAUUUACACACAGAUACUGAGGACAAAACUGGAGACUCUUCUGACACAGAGAAUUGGAAGAAGAUCAGAAUACCUCAGUCAGGUUUAAACUCUCUGGGAAAUGAAGAAGUCCCCGUCAGUAAUUCCAGAAGUAGUGCUGGAGAGAAACCAUUCAGCUGCUCUCAGUGUGGGAAAACUUUUGGCGCCAGGGGAACUCUGAACAGACACGUAAGAAUUCACACAGGAGAGAAAGAAUUCAGCUGCUCAGUUUGUAAGAAAUCUUUUUCACAGAAAGCAAAUUUACAGAAACACAUGAAAAUUCACAAAGGAGAGAAUCCAUUCAGCUGCUCAGUCUGUAAGGAAUCUUUUCCACAGAGAGCAAAUUUACAGAAACACAAGAAAAUCCACAAAGGAGAGAAACCAUUCAGCUGCUCAGUCUGUAAGAAAUCUUUUUCACAGAGAGGAAUUUUACAGAACCACAUGAGAACUCACACAGGAGAGAAACCAUUCAGCUGCAGUCUUUGCGAUAGAAGAUUUUCGGUAAAGGCUCAUCUGAGACUACACAUGAGAACUCACACAGGAGAGAAACCAUUCAGCUGCAGUGUUUGUGACAAAAGAUUUGCCCGACCUUGUCAGAUCAAAAUACAUAAAUGUGUUGGUCUUCAGUCCUCACAGCUUCAUCAUACUCAAACUGAGGAGAACAGAGAGGCAGAGCCUCCAGCCAGCAGCUCAACUGAACACACGGAAACACAUUCUAGAAGUAGUGCUGGAGAGAAACUAUUCAGCUGCUCUCAGUGUGGGAAAAGAUUUGUCUUGAAAGGAAAUCUGAAGCUACACAUGAUAACUCAUACAGGAGAGAAACCAUACAGUUGCUCAGUGUGUAUGAAAUCUUUUACACAGAAAAGUAAUUUACAAACACACAUGAGAACUCAUACAGGCGAGAAAUCAUUCAGUUGCUCAGUUUGUGAUGCAAGAUUUUCAUGUAAGGGUAAUCUGAUACCACAUAUGAGAAUCCACACAGGAGAGAAACCAAAUAUCUGCUCUGUGUGUGGGAGAGGAUUUAGUCACAAAGUAGAUCUGAAAAGUCACAUUUUAACUCACACGGGAACAAAACCAUUCCGCUGCUCAGUUUGUGAGAAAUCUUUUACACAGAGUGAUGGUUUAAAGGGACACAUGAGAAUCCACACAGGAGAGAAACCAUUCAGCUGCAGUGUUUGUAAUAAAAGAUUCACCUGGCGUAGACAUGUAAAAACACAUGAAUGUGAUGUUCCUCAGUCCUCACAGCUUCAUCAAACUCAAACUGAGGAGAGCAGAGAGGCAGAGCCUCUAGCCAGCAGCUCAACUGAACACAUGGAAACAGGAGCUGAUGCAGAGGACUGUGGAGGACCAGAACCAGCUGUUAAAUUAAAUGAAUUCUUACAGUAAUCUCCUGCGGAUAACCUUCCGCAUUAUGUAACGUAAUGGCAAAUUUACUUCUGUAGCUGUUGUUGUAACGUAGCUCUAAUAUGCGUCAGUGCGUUUAAACGUUUUGUUUACUAUCAAAUGUUUUCUCCCUGCGCAAUGUAACUCAGACCUUUUCCUUCCCACUGCAUUAGUGUUGGUACGAUUCUAAAAUUACAAUUUUGAUUCUGAUCUUUCUCAGUCAGUCUGAAACUCCCACACGGCCGACUUUCUUUCACUUAUUUGUAAACUAAGCCGGUUUAAGUUCUUUUUAUCUGAACGAUCUCAGUUUGUACGUUUUAACGAUGAAUCCUCCGUGCCAGCCAAAGUUAGCUAUGGAGUCCCGCAAGGUUCUGUACUUGGACCUUUUCUAUUCACCUUAUAUAUGCUUCCUUUAGACAAUAUUAUAAGAACCACUCCAUAAACUUUCGUUGUUAUGCCGAUGAUAAACAAUUAUAUGUAUCAAUCAAACCAGAGGAAACCGUGUUUACCGUUUUCCGAGUCCGACAGCAAAUAACCAACAACAUUUGGCCAGCGCAAAAUUAAUGGGCCGCAACAUAUAAACAUCGGCCGCUGCUGAUAAAACAACGAUACCGGCAGAUCAAUCGGAGCAUCCUUAUUCUGUGUCUUUGUCGCUGUAAGCGGGAACAUUCAUGUAUGAGCCUGCAUUUGUACAGUACCCUCCACCCCCGGAAAACGGGUUCCCCCAAAUGCCACGGAGUGAAACAAACACUUCCUCAUGUUGCAGCGUUGCUUUUCUGACUUGCAUCCGGAAAACUGUUUCUGAUCAAACCCAUUAACUGCACACUUAGGGAAAAAUUCAUAAAAGGAUUGUGCGGCUCGAAUAUAUAUUAUAUUAUAACCUGCACGAAUAACAAAAAGAAAUGCAGCCUGAACUGUGCUGCCAAGCAAAGAGCGUUUCGGUGCUCCUGUGCUAGUUACACAUGUUUAAAUGAGAUAAUGUUUCACACGCAAUUACACUGCAAUUAUUAGAAUCUUCAGAGUUGGUGCUAACGGAAGCACAUUUGUAAAGAGUGUCUGAUGAAAAUCCUGUAUUUUGGGAUGUAUUGACAGUUGUGUUUUGAGAAAUAAAUGAAUUAAGCUCCACUACAGGUCAUUUUUUUACCGUUAUUUUAUACAUGAGAGAAAAAGUGCAUUAAAACAACGGUGCCGAUGUAUUGUUCUGAAGCGCAUUCAACCUUAGGCUCGUGUUGGCUGUAAUAUUCUAAUCGCAAAAUCUUUUGUAAACUGGACCUUGAGACGGGACAGAGCGGUUUGUAAAUGAUGCACAGUUCAUGAAGAUAUCAGUGGCCGCAAUCCAUUCUUUGUGAAUUCUCCCCAGAUAGUACAAUCACUUGUGUUCUAAUAGAAGUUCUUGUGAAGAUUUUUCUUUCUUUCAAUAAAGCACAAUGUGUUGACUGCC